AUGUCCGGCAAAGAGUAUUCUAGCUUAGUCUUGCAUUAUCAAUCGACGUUGGCCCUCCAAUCUCCUUUCAGUCGCCUAAGCCUGGUGCUUACCAACCUCCUCAUUUCGCUAUCCAGGCCUCUGAAGGCGUACAGUGAUGCCUUGGGUCGUCUUGACAUCCGCUUUGAAGACUCUGGUCCAGCACACCUUGGUACCCUCAAGGGCUAUUCUUCCUAUUUCUUGCGAGGCUAUGGCAGCAACAACGAAACAACCAUGCUCAAAUUCACGGACGAAGGGGUUGUUCUGAAGAAACUCGAUCGGGAAGCCGCGCUCGACUAUGUCUGGAAACAGGCUGAGGCUUAA